AUGCCGCCAGCUCACCCUCUAUCCACUGCGCCCGUCACCAAGCGCAUCCACGUCGGCAACCUCGCGCCCUCGGUCCAGCCAAAGGACCUCGUCCAGCGCUUCGCCUCGUUCGGCACCGUCGUCGGCGGCGAGCAGGGCGUCUCUGGCCUCGGCAAGACCGACACUGGCCUCCCUCGCACUUUCGCCUUCUUCUCGAUCGAGACCACCGAGGCCCAGUUCGCUCGGUGCAUGUCCAUGCUCAACGGAUCCAUGUGGAAGGCGCACAAGCUCCGCAUCGGUCCCGCAAAGCCCGACUGGCAGCAGCGCCGCGCCGAGGAGCGCGACGAGGCGGCCAAGGCGGCAGAGCAGCCGGCGGCGCGCCCCAAGAAGCGCAAGCGCCCGUCGGGCGACGUCAACGUCGGGUUCGCCGCCAAGAACUUUGAGCUCGUCACGCCCGACAACCUCGAGCGCCACCGUGGCUGGAUCCUCGACCCGAAACCCGCACCCGCACCCCUGUUCCCCGUCAUCAUCCGCCCCUCGCACCCGGUCCAGCAACCGCCCAAGCCCGCCGCGACGGCGUGGACUCGCGGCACGGCCAAGGCCAAGCCGUCCAAGGCGGCACGCGAGGCCCUGCGCUCGGGUGUCCCGCUCGAAAAGCCCGCGCUGCACCGCGCCAAGCGCAUGCGCAUCGACCCGAGGAGGUGGGGCCGCCAGCGCGUCUUGUUCGACCUCGCCUCGGGCGGGACCAAGGCCGACGCCGGGUCGGCGGCGAGCAUGCUCCGCGUCGGUCAGUGGGAGUGCGAGGGCCCCGUCGAGGCGGACGAGCAGAACGGCGAGGCCGCCGUCACGUGGGUGUUCAAGACGCGCGACGGCCAGGUGCGCAGGCGCGAGACGGUGCGCCUCACGCAGCGCAGCGCGCCCCACUCGGACAACUUUACGGCGCUCCUCGAGCGCAUGAACCGCGCCGUUGCGCCCGCCGCCGCUGCAGCCGCCGCCGUCGAGCCCGCCGCGACCGUUGAUGCGGCCGCAGCGCCGUCGUCGUCGUCCGCAGCGCCCGUCCGGGGCGACGCCGCGUACCGCUCGCCGUCGCCGCCGCCGUACGUGCCCGCCGCGCCGCGCACCCUCAUGUACAACGAGGAGGACGCGUUCGCGCUCAUGGCGAGCGCGCUCGACGACGACGAGCGCGACGCCGUGCACCAGAUGGAGCGCCAGGCGUACCGCGAGCUCGCGCUCGGCGCGCUCGAGGAGCUCGGCGCGGUCGACGAGGUGGAGGAGGAGCCGGUGGAGCAGGUCCAGGAGACGGCGCGCCCGCUGCCCAAGGUCGAGGGCUUCGCGCAGGACGACGACGAGGACGACGACGAGCUGUUCGAGACGCUGCGGCUGCGGGGCGGCGGUGGCGUCGAGUCGAGCGACGACAGCGACUCGUCGUCGUCCGACUCGGACUCGGACUCGUCGAGCGACAGCGACGACGACGACUCGUCCAACACGGUCAAGCAGGCCACGUCAUCCGAGGAGCCCGUCCCGGCCGCCAAGUCGUCGCUCAAGGAGAAGCUCACGACCCUGUUCAAGCCGUCGGGCGCGACCGCCACCGCCGAGGCCGACGGCGCCGCGGGCUUCUCGCUCUUCUCGGGCAUGGACCUCGACCUCGACCCGGACGCGGCGCGCACACCCUCGCCCGAGCCCGAGCCGCUCGACCUCGCCUCGGCCGCCGCGCCGCACGCGCUCCACCCGCAGCCGCACCAGGUCGACGGCCGCAGGUUCGUGCCCCCGACGGCGCGCGACGGCGGGUACCGCGGCGGCGCGUCGCAGCCGCGCUUUUCGGGCCCAAGCCGGCCCUUCUUUGCGUUCCCAAGCGGCGCGUUCGACGGCGCCGUCGACGUCGAGAAGAUGCUGGGCGAGGGUGCGGCCGGCAUCGUCGAGCGGGCGGCGGGCGAGAGCAGGGCGCGGGUCGAGGGCGCGUCGAAGGACUUUUACCGGCGCGAGACGCAGGAGCAGAUCGAUGCCGAGCACCAGCAGCUGCGCGAGCUCCUGCGCGGUCACGCCCGCAAGCGCCACCGCGAGGCCGUCAAGCGCACCAAGAAGGGCGCGCAGAAGCGCGGCCAGGCCGUCAAGCUCGACGUGCUCGACGAUGAGUGA